CGGUGGAGAGGGAGGGGGGGUGUCGGCGGCGAGGGGCGCGUGCUCCGCUCCUGGUUCGCCUUGGUCCGGCCGCUGCCACCGCCGCCGCCACCCAGCAGGGAGGCUGGAGGAAAUGGGUAGCCGCAUCCCGCCCGCCCCCAGUGCCGAUGUGAAUCAUUGAAAAGAAAAUGGCACAACGAAGCACUGUACUUCCAUCCCUUGUUACCGAGGAAAGGCGAGUUAGAACCAUGCCACGACAUAGCCAGUCUUUGAGUGUGGCUCCAUAUUCAUCUGCAAGCUUAGUGGAACAGUUGGAAGAUAGAAUUUUGUGCCAUGAGAAAACAACUGCAGCACUUGUGGAACAUGCUUUUCGUAUAAAAGAUGACAUUGUUAACAGUUUGCAGAAAAUGCAAAAUAAAGGUGGAGGAGAUCGAUUGGCUAGAUUAUUCUUAGAGGAGCACAUCAGAAAUAUCACGGCAAUAGUGAAACAACUUAAUCGUGAUAUUGAGGUCCUACAAGAACAGAUACGUGCCAGGGAUAACAUUAGCUAUGGAACAAAUUCUGCCUUAAAGAGUCUGGAGAUGCGUCAACUCUCUGGCUUGGGAGAUCUUCGGGGAAGAGUAGCAAGGUGUGAUGCUAGCAUAGCUAGAUUGUCUGCAGAGCAUAAAACAACAUAUGAAGGCCUUCAACACCUGAACAAAGAACAGCAGGCUGCCAAACUUAUUCUGGAAACUAAAAUCAAAGAUGCAGAAGGACAGAUUUCUCAGCUUUUAAGCAGAGUUGACCUGUCAAUAUCAGAGCAAAGCACAAAGCUAAAAAUGACUCACAGAGAUAGCAACCAUCAGCUUCAUCUUUUGGACAUUAAAUUUAAAGGUACAGUGGAAGAACUUAGCAGCCAGAUUUUGUCUGCACGGAAUUGGUUGCAACAGGAACAAGAACGAAUAGAAAAAGAACUUUUACAGAAGAUUGAUCAACUUGCCUUGGUUGUUAAGGAAAAUAGUGAAAUCAGUGAAAGGACCAUAGAGAAGAAGUUCAGUCAGAUGUCAGCAAAGCUAGAUAAAAUAGAAGAGAUACAAAAGAAAAAUAUGGAAGCACAGAGACCAAAGUAUGAUGAUGAGAAGAUCAAUAUUCGAAUCAGCAAGAUUGAAUUACAGAUGAAUGAAGAAAUGAAAGAAAUGAAAGCAGAAGUUAAUGCUGGGUUUGCAGCCAUCUAUGAAAGCAUAGGAUCACUCAGACAAGUUCUUGAAGCCAAAAUGAAACUUGAUAAAGACCAGAUACAGAAGCAAAUUCAUCAGCUAAAGAAACAAGAGGCUCCCUUAUAAAGAGUUUGGGACAGGGAUGUUCUAAAAGAAGAGUUUGUCAGUGGGGUAGGAGUCUGGAUGUUUGUGCAGUAUGGUUUGCCUCUUUCUAGGAUGUGCAUGUGCCAAAUAAUGUGUCUUGGGCCUAAAUUUUUAACUUGAGUUGUGAAGACAAUCUUUAUGUGAGAAGAGUAAGUACAUUUUUUUAUAGCUUAAUUUUACUUAUAAAUAUAAAUUCUAUGGAAUUUGUUCCAUUUUGGAAAGGCUUUUAUUCAUUUUAAGACUGAAAACUCUUCAAAAUAUUUUUCUUCUGUGAAUUAAAAUUAAUUCUUGUAGUGAUGCUUUAGCUAAGACUGUUCAUCAUUUUAAAAAUGUCAGUGUGGAGAUUUAUGUUAGUAAGCUAAUAUAUUUGUUAAAGCAGUUGGUAUGCAAAAGAUAUCUCUUGACAGAAGAGAUAAUUCAAUAUUAAGUCCAUGUUUGGAUUUUGUUGUUGUUUAUACAUUUUCUGCUUUGUUUGCUUCUUUUAAUUCUUCUUUCCCCUUCACUUGGAGUUUCCAUGAUAAUUUGAGUUUUCAAUUUUUAAAAAAAAAAUUGUAAUUUAUCCUAUUUGAAUUCAGUACUAUUUGCACCCAAUUCAGAUAAUAUAAGGAAUUCAUAAUGUUUCUUCAACUUCAAUAUAGAUUAUUAUCUAUUUGGAAAGAAAGUAGACAAUGAAGAUAAUUUUCUAGAAAAUAUGGAGCCAAAAAUUACUUAAAUUAUCUGGAUAUUUAAGAUGUCUAUAAUAAAACAUGAGAUAUCUGAAUUCUUUUCAACUCUCUACAGCUUGUGUGAUAAGAACCAUAUUCUGUAUAAGGGAAUUAUGGUUCACACUAAGCUGUUUAUGCAGAAUUGCCCAUUAGCUACAAUAUGAUGUGAAGAUUUUUCAGGAUUUUUAUGAACCAUUUCUUAAAUGUUUCCAAAAUGAAGAUUAAAAAUCUAGAAAAAUACUUUGUAUAUUAUAAUUAUUAUUGUAAAUGUAUUAUUGUGCCUUGUUUUUAUUAUGUCAAUGCACUGUACACUGAAGGUUUUGCUGACAAAAUAGAAGGCAUGAUAAUUCAAAAUGUGAUGUAAAAAUGAAAUGCUAUGUAUUUUAAAAUUGUAUAAUGUACUAGAAAUUUUAUCAUUGUUAAAAUAUGAUACUUCAGUAUAUUCUUUAAUGAAAUAAUAAUUCAUACUUUUGUAUGGAUUGGGAUUCAAGCUGGCAUUGAAUUUAUAACAUUGUUAAGAUAUUUUCAUCCAGAUGAAUGGAAUUUUUAUGUUCUAGGUGUAUUAUUUUCAAUUGCUACAUUUGAUGAUAAAUUGAAAAUUAACACCUAUGCUGUAAUCUAAUCUAGAUGCUUAUAAAUCUAUGGAUGUAAGAUCUAUACUGAGAAAACCGUUCUAAACUGUGAGGGUGCUAUAGAAAAAAUAAAAAUAGCAUUAUUUUA